AUGAUAGCCGAGGAGUUUGUCCGGAAAGGGAUGUUUGAGGACGCGAUUCGACUGUUCGAUUUGGCAGGGAUCCACGAGCAGGCGCUGCGGUACACGUCGAUUCUGCUUUCGCAGGUGGUACACCAGGCGAACAAGCCGGGUUCGCUAAGAGAGAGACUUCAGCGAAUGGCGCUGGAAUUUACGGAGCGUUACGCUGGCGCAGAGAAGAACUGCGAUCCACCCACGUGGAGCACGUUUACGCUGCUGAAGGAGCUGAUGAUCUUCUUCGACCAGUACCACUGCAAGAACUACCAGCCGGCGCUGGAAGUGCUCGAGAGGACAAAGUUGGUACCGCUGAAGAUGCAGGAUUUGGAGGCUUGCGUGCACAACUUUAAGCGACUGGGCGGCGAGGUUUGUAAGGUAAUUCCGGAUCUGCUGCUGGCCACGAUGGACAUUGCGUACUGCAAGUACAAGGCGCUGCGCGGCAAGGACGUGGCCAAGUUUGACGACGCCGGACGGGAGCAGCAACUCAACUACCUCCGCGAGCAGGCCAAGGCCCUGACAAACAUGGCGGCGACCGUGCCCUACCGGAUGCCCGGCGACACCAACAACCGUCUCGUGCAGACGGAAAUCCUCAUGCAUUGAAAAAAUAAACACACACACUUUUUAAGCUUCUUCAAUUACUCAAUAAAA